AUGAAGCUGUCAAUUCUCUCUGUCUUUGCUCUCGCACUCAGUGCUUCUGCCGGACCCGCAGGAUCUGGCUUCGAACUCGUUGGCUACGGCAAGGACAAUCCGAUCGGGCCAACGACUGGUGGUGCUGGUAAAGACGGCAAGACUGUUACAGUCUCUACCGUUGAUGAAUUCCUCAAGGCUAUCAAUGGUAGCUCACCGACGACCAUUUACGCCAAAGGCAAAUUCAACUUCACAGCGCGUCCGAGAGUGGGAAGCAACAAGUCUCUCAUCGGAGUUGGAAAGGGUGCCGAAAUCACUGGUGCCGGCCUUACCAUUGCAAACAGCACUAAUGUCAUUGUUCGUAACUUUGUCAUUCGGGCUAUUGUCGACAACGAUGCCAUUACUAUCUCGAACAGCAGUCGUGUAUGGAUAGACCAUAACGAGUUUACGUCCGGCAACUUUCCCGCGGCCGGCCCUGAUGCGUUUGACGGCCAAGUCGACAUUAUCCGCGCCAGUGACUGGAUCACAGUGUCUUGGAACUACUUCCACGAUCACUGGAAGAGCUCUCUCAUUGGCAACAAUGAUAAGUUUAGGGACAUUGACCUAGGCCACUUGCACGUCACCUACCACCACAACUACUGGCGCAAUGAAGGCACGCGAGGCCCUGCUGGACGAUUUGGCCAUCAGCACAUCUACAACAAUCUGUACGAAGAUUUCCUGUACCAAGCGAUCCACAGCCGCAGCGACAACCAGGUACUCGUUGAAGGCAACAUUUUUUCCGGCAAGACGAGGGAGGCCUUGAGCACAUACGGCUUGGUUAUUCCAGAAGACAGCCCUAACACGGGCCCGAACGGCGAUUAUGAGCUUGACGGGUUCGCCAACCUCGGUGCUAGUAAGUUGGCCUUUUUCUUCUGCCAAUUUCUGACUGUAUGUUUAGAAAACGAUUUUGGAAAAGCAACCGUCAACAUCACUCAAGUCGGAAACUUCACACAGGCGCCGUACAAGUACAAGCUCACUACGCUGAAGAAGCUGGAGAAGGUUGUCAAGAAGGGUGCUGGUCUUGGUAAGAUCUAAGGAUGAUGUAGCUGCAGCAAAUGGGAGGUCACAGUUAGACUCUUUAAUUGUAAUAGACAUAGCGAUAUUAGACUAUCGAAGUUAAUGUCUUAUUGGUUAAUUCAUCUUACAACCGUCCUUAUCAUACUCAUAGGCGAGUCGUCGCUACCUGAGAAGGUAGCACACAUAUCUGUAAGCGUUU